CGUAUAUGCAACAAACACAGUGUUCAUAUCUCUCUCUCUCUCUCUCUCUCUCUCUCGUCCUCGCCGGCCACCGGAGUUUUCAGAUUCCGGCGACCUCUCGCCUGAAAAUACAUUAUACCUUUAUAGAGUCCGAGACUGCUUUGAAUCGAAUUGUUUCACAAAUCGUACGAUCUUAUGAUCAUUUCCAAUUUUGUGUGCUCUAAGUUGUUGAAAAGUUGCUCUUUUUUUUCCCAACCCAGGCUUGCUUGAUCGUGAAAGAUCGAACCUUUUUGGUAAUGUGUGAGAGAACUUAAGUUUUCGUGUGCUAUUCAUGGAAGUUAUUUUUUGAGUAAAGGAAAAAAAAAUAAAAUUGAAGUUUUGUUUUUCGAUACGUUUGUGAGAAGAAGAAUCGACUCGUGAUUGUAAUGUCGCCUAUUUUGGUGUUGUUUUGGUGAGAUUUGAAUUGAAUUUGAGAUCACCGCUUGUUUCAUUUCUAUGUUUAGCAGUUUUUGGAUCUUGGAGAUUGUUGUGAACAGUCAGUUUCAGUGCAUUUGGUGUCAGUUUAGGGCUUUUGCAUUGAUUGGAAUUGAGCUGGGUUUUGUACAUUUUUAGCUAAAUUGAAUCGAUCGAUGGUGUUGUAGGAGACUAGGGUUUUGUAGGAUUGACAUGUGCAGGGUAGAGAGAGAGAGGAGUGAGGAGAGGGAGAGGCAGAGGAGGAGGUGGGUUGUGAUGGGUUUGAAGACGCUGGGAGAGAGCAGAGUGGAGAGGUUGAAGAGUUCGAUGGUUUCGCGGCCUCGUAUGAAGCUGUGGAUGAUCAGAGCAACGACUUCGGUGUUGUUGUGGACUUGUUUUGUGCAGUUGACAGCAUUGGGGGAGAUGUGGGGACCUAGGGUUUUGAAGGGUUGGCCUUCUUGUUUCUCUCAUGAUUCGGUUUCUUUGGACCUCAAGUUUUCUCGUGAAGCUCCGGCAAGAGUUCUUCCUCCGAAGAGGGUUUAUAAGAACAAUGGCUACUUGAUGGUUUCAUGCAAUGGCGGGCUUAAUCAAAUGAGGGCAGCGAUUUGUGACAUGGUUGCAAUUGCAAGAUAUUUAAACGUCACACUUAUAGUUCCCGAGCUGGAUAAAACUUCUUUCUGGGCUGAUCCCAGUGAGUUUCAAGACAUAUUUGAUGUUGAUCAUUUCAUUACAUCCUUGAGAGAUGAAGUUCGGAUAUUGAAAGAGCUACCUCCCAGACUCAAGAGGAGAGUUGAGCUAGGAAUGGUCUAUAACAUGCCACCCAUUAGCUGGUCCGACAUUUCUUACUAUCAUAAUCAGAUUCUUCCUCUGAUACAGAAGUACAAAGUUGUGCAUUUGAAUAGAACUGAUGCUCGGCUUGCCAAUAAUGGUCAGCCGCUGGAGAUUCAGAAGCUGCGCUGCCGAGUUAAUUAUAGUGCUCUCAGAUUCACUUCUCAGAUAGAGGAAUUGGGUAGAAGGGUUAUCAGGCUUCUAAGGCAAAAGGGUCCUUUCCUGGUACUUCAUCUCAGGUAUGAAAUGGACAUGUUAGCGUUUUCUGGCUGUACUCAGGGCUGCAACAGGGAGGAGGUAGAGGAGUUGACAAGAAUGAGAUAUGCUUACCCGUGGUGGAAAGAGAAAAUUAUAAACUCUGACUUGAAGAGGAAAGAUGGUUUAUGCCCUUUGACACCUGAGGAAACUAUGCUUACUCUAAAGGCGCUAGAUAUUGAUCAGAAUAUGCAGAUUUACAUUGCAGCCGGAGAAAUCUAUGGCGGAGAAAGGAGAAUGGCUAGUCUUGCAACAGCUUAUCCAAAAUUGGUGAGGAAGGAGACACUGUUGGGGCCAUCAGACCUUAGGUUUUUCCAGAAUCACUCGUCCCAGAUGGCAGCAUUGGAUUAUCUUGUUGCUCUGGAAAGUGAUAUUUUUGUUCCUACAUAUGACGGAAACAUGGCCAAAGUUGUUGAAGGCCACCGCAGAUACCUUGGGUUCAAGAAGACAAUUCUAUUGGAAAGAGGACUUCUAGUUGAUCUGAUAGACCGAUAUAAUGGUGGAUCACUGAGUUGGGAUGAAUUCUCAUCUGCUGUUAAGGAAGCUCAUGCAGAUCGCAUGGGAAACCCUACUAGAAGGGUAGUGAUUCCUGACAGACCUAAAGAGGAGGAUUAUUUCUAUGCCAACCCCGAGGAGUGUUUGCAACAAUCAUCUGAACUGUUGAAUACUACAUGAACUUUUUGGAGGUUGGUUGCAUUUUAUCAAUAUCCUCCUGAUUUUAGGCAUAGUAGUCCUAAACACAGAGAUAUAUGGCACCAAAGGAUUUUGUUUUGAGGCAUCAAGCUUGAAGGUGUUGGUGCGUGGUUUGUUUAGACAGAAAUUGAGAAUGAGAGAGAGAGUGCAGGUGAGAGAGUACAUUACUUUAUAUCUUUAUAUAUUCCAAUAAUUUGAUUCAUGUAUAGAAGCUACCCUGCCAUUGCAGGGUGAUUGAUAUAGACUCGACUGCAGUGUACACAGAGGGUUGCAAAUAUAGGUUUGGUUUACUGGGAAAGUGGAAUCGUGGAAUGCUUAAUCCAUUCCCCUUCCAUUUCAUGUUUUUGCUAUUUCAGAUCAUCCACCAUCUCAAGGAUUCCUAUUAGCAUAUAUUGCAUAAAUUUCUAUUUUCCAGCCAUUGCCUGUCUUGUUUCAUAGUUGACUUUAUUUGGGCCGGAAUUCGGACUGUUCCGAGCCAUGAAAAGUAUUGACUUUCUUCUUGUUUAUUUAAGGUAUUAUAUGAGAGUUAUUGUGAAAUGCAAACAUGGAAAAAUAGAAAAAGGAAAAAAGAGGGGGUCCAAUGGAAUUUGGUUUGGUGUGUUUUCCAUCA